CCUCCUUCUUGACUUCCUGACUUCUCUUCCUGCAUGAAGUCGGGCAUGUUACAACAUGACACAGGGAUUUACUGGUCUUUUAUGCUUCAGUCCACACUGGAACAUAAACUACCUGGGAAGGUUGAUGGCCACACUAUUUACUUUAUAAAAUUUGAUAAAGUGCAUGUAAAGUAAGCAUGUGGUUAGGACUCAGCGGGUAGAGGGAAGGAGAGCAUUUUAGGAACAAUUGCUUAAAGGUUGUGUGAAAGAACAGGUUAUUAAGAAACCAGUGUGGCCACCAGCAAGGAGGGCGUACUUCUCAAUGACCACUCAAGGCUCAGGCCUAAUGGAAUUUGCUCUGCACCCUGGAUUCAAGGAGGCUUGUUUGCGUUUCUGAGUAAAAAACAACUUUUGAAAGGGAGAAAAAAAUGAUUGAAAUCUACUCGACCUUUUCCUUCAAACAAAAAGAAACACAGAAGGACUUAGUCCCUUUGGCCCAAUUUCCACUAAUUCCAUUGACUGCUUUGAAAUUCACUAUAGAAGUUUGGGAGAUUUCUCCAUCUCUUCAAAAUAAUUCUUGACUUUACAGGGGACUUGCUCUCAGCCACUGGUCUUCCUCCGGAGACACCCACCUGGCAGUUCUGGCCGGAAGCCCCUCACCCGGAGCCCAGUGGUCCCAACAGCCACCGCCAGCAGUGGAGUGCCAUGACUCGAGACGGGCAGUUCAGGGAGGAGAUGGGCUACGACCGGAUGCCGACCCUGGAGCGGGGUCGGCAGGACAUCGGGCAGCAGGAUCUAGGCAACUUCAGCGCAGACGCAAAGCCCAAGGACCUCCAGCUGUCGAAGAGGCUGCCCCCGUGCCUCAGCUACAAGACACGGGUCUUCUCCGUGCUGAUGGGGAGCUGCCUCCUGGUGACCUCGGGCUUCUCACUGUACCUGGGUAACGUGUUCCCCUCCGAGAUGGACUACCUGCGGUGCGCUGCUGCCUCUUGUCUCCCCUCAGCAAUUGUGACCUUUGCUGUUUCCAGGAGCAACAUCAAUGCGAUUCCCAACUUUCAGAUAUUAUUUGUUUCCACGUUUGCCAUCACCACUACUUGCUUGAUCUGGUUUGGAUGCAAACUUGUUCUGAACCCAUCGGCAAUAAACAUAAACUUCAACCUCAUCCUGCUGCUCCUGUUGGAGCUCCUCAUGGCCGCCAAUGUCAUCAUCUCAGCACGCUCGAGCGAGGAGCCCUGCGGGAAGAAGAAGGGCUCCGUCUCCGACAGCACCCAUAUUUUGGAUGAAGUGACAUUUCCUGCUCGGGUCCUAAAGUCCUACUCUGUAGUCGAGGUGAUUGCUGGCAUCUCUGCCGUCCUUGGUGUGGUCAUCGCUCUGAACGUGGAUGACGCGGUCUCAGGCCCACACCUCUCAGUGACCUUCUUUUGGAUCUUGGUGGCUUGUUUUCCGAGUGCCAUCGCCAGUCAUGUGACAGCAGAGCAUCCUAGCAGGUGUCUGGUGGAGGUGUUGCUUGCCCUCAGCAGCCUCACAUCCCCAUUGCUGUUUACGGCCUCUGGUUACCUGUCGGUCAGUGUGAUGACAGUGGUGGAGACUUUCAAAGGCUACCCCCCAGCCAUCAGAGCCUACGACGUGCUGCUGCUGCUGCUGCUGCUUGUGCUGCUCCUGCAGGGUGGCCUCAACACGGGCACUGCCGUGCUGUGUGUGAGCUUCAAGGUCAGCACCAGGCUGCAAGGUGCAUCCUGGGAGGCCCCAGCCGCCCUGCAGGAGCACCCCACGGGGGAGGUGGCCAGAAGUCCCCGGAAGGAGUUUGACAAGGAGAAAGCCUGGAGAGCCGUCAUGGUGCAGAUGGCCCAGUGACUGCAGCAUGGGAAGCUGAGUCACACUCGGUGCCUGCCGGGCUCUCGGCACGCUCAGCCUCACAGACUCUGUCCUGCCACCCCCGCUCUCUAACAUGUCUUCCUCCUUCCACAAGGGCAGCCCAGAUUGUGAGGGGCCUUGUUUCUUACCCCAGUUUAACUUUGAAAUAGGUGAAUGGCGACAGUUCUGUGGUGCAUCAGGGAGAGAGUUCAGGGACUCCUGGCGGCCUCGCUGUGUGGGGCUCCUGGGGUUGGGGAGGCUCUGGUGCUGCCAUCAGAGCAGGAGUCCAGGUGAAUGGUGGACCUCGGCCUGGCUUCGUCUGCCCUCCCUGUGCUACUCACCCGGGCACCACUUGGCCCAGGCCUUUCCUUCUGGGAGGCCCUCACCAGCUCUUCUGCCGCAUAUGGUUUCCCAAUGACGAGAGCAAGGUAGAGCCCUGGUACCCUCCACUAGGGCCGCCACUGCCUUCGGCACCUGAAAUCUACACCCAGGGUCCUGCCCACUUUCCCUACGAACUGACACCAGUCCCUGCAAAAGGCCACCUCCCCCUGGCCCUGGCAGUGUCCCAGGGCGUCCUCACGUCCAGGUGGAGCUUUGCAUGGCCGCUGGGGGUGGGGCUGAGUCUCAGCCUUUGUGACUGACAGCUUGGUGACCACACCAGUGGAGACGGAGCCUCUCCCUCCAUGUUUGCCUGGCUCCCAAAGGACAAACUCUACCUGAGUUGGGGGGUACUUGGUGUCCCAGCACCUCCACCUCCUGACCCAUCCUCCUGACUUACCCGUGUCCCGCUUGGGCCAGUGUCUCCUCAUGUGAGGCUAGUGUUCCUGAGUCUUCAGCACUCGCACACCCCCACAGAGCCUGUCUGUCACCCCCACCGGCUGCAGGGACCGUUUGGGGUGUCAUUAGCUGUGGAGUUGGUUGGAUACCAUCCCCCCAUCCCUGGAGGUCACCUGGAUCCUCCCAGUGAUGCGGGCACCAGUCUUACCAAACCGAAAAACACUAACGUGUGCUCUCACCGAACUGGGCUGUGCUAGUCAGCUCCCCAUGGCAUGGUGCAAAGGCCUGGAGGUGAACUGUGUGGCCUGAGCCCCUGAGGACCAAAACCGGUAGACCUGGGACAUGAAGGUGGGUGGAGCAGCCUGCCUAAGGGCUGAGAGGGUAUCCCAGCCUUCCCACCUCGGAACUCGGGUAACCUGAGAAGCCAGGAUGCAGGACCGCGGGCAGCCAUCUUCUGGGGGACCAGAGAGGUCAAUGUUCAGAGCCAGAACGAGGCAGUUGGAGCAGUAGUGCUGGCUUGCGGCUUCUCAUUUUAGAGAAUUAAAAAAUACUCAGACAUUAAAAAGGAGUUUAAAAAAUUAUGUCUUUCUAUUUACGCUUUUGUUUGGGGUAGUUUGAUCCUUGUGAAUAAUAAAUACUGACAUGGAAAUGUG